AUGGACAACAGGCUGCCCACGCACAUUGUCUGGCACUCCGAGGGCCGACAUCGGCGCACCUGGGACAAGCGCGUCCAACUCUGGAGCUCCCUGCUAGUUCAGCUGAUGUGUGAGUUUGAAGGCGACUCGUUCCAGCUGGUACUUCGGAAGCUCACAGGCGAAGUGAUUUCCAAGGUUGCCAUGGAUCCUGCGACGAGCUGGGAGGAAGCAAGAAUGCUCAUGACACCGGGAUUGAAAGACCUGCUGAAGAAGGGGAGGAAGCUGGCGUUUGUUUCACCCCUGGGAGACGUCCUGACACGAUCGGAUGACGAACGACCUGCGGCUGUUUGUUAA